AUGUUGGCUCACCGGUCGCUUGUUGGUGUUGCACAGGGCGCAUUUAGGUCCGCACAGCCAUUCAGACAGUAUGCUUCUGCAUCCCCCACUGCUGCUUUUGCUGGCCACAAGGGUAGCAACGGCAAAUACACUGUGACUUUGAUUCCUGGAGACGGUAUUGGCCCAGAGAUCAGUGAAUCGGUCAAGGACAUAUAUGCUGCUGCAAAAGUCCCAAUCGAGUGGGAAGAAGUCAGCGUCACUCCCGUUCUGAAAGGUGGGAAAACGGUCAUCCCGGACGUUGCCAUCAACUCUGUAAAGAAGAACACUGUUGCUCUGAAAGGUGCCGUCCUCAAGUUGGAAAGGGCCACUGUCUCUUUGAACUUGACUCUCCGUAGGACAUUUAACCUCUUCGCGAAUGUUCGUCCGUGUGUUUCGAUCAAGGGCUUCAAGACUCCUUAUGACAACGUUGAUACUGUUCUGAUUCGGGAAAACACUGAGGGAGAGUACUCGGGUAUCGAGCACGAGAUUGUGGAUGGGGUGGUCCAAUCCAUCAAACUCAUUACAUGGGAUGCCUCUGAGCGUGUUGCUCGUUAUGCUUUCCAUUAUGCACAGGCUAGCGGAAGGAAGCGAGUGACUGCUGUACAUAAGGCCAAUAUCAUGAAAAUGUCGGAUGGCAUGUUUUUGUCCGCAUGUCGGCAAGUUUCGAAGGACUUCCCGGGUAUCGCCUACGAUGAAGACCUUUUGGAUCGUGUCUGUUUACAGAUUGUGCAGAAUCCCCAACCUUACUCUAACAGGGUCAUGGUGAUGCCUAAUCUCUAUGGUGAUAUUUUGUCGGACAUGUGCGCUGGAUUGAUUGGCGGCCUUGGCUUGACACCGUCUGGUAACAUUGGUCGUGAUGCAUCGAUUUUCGAAGCCGUGCACGGAUCAGCUCCCGAUAUUGCAGGGAAGGGAUUAGCUAAUCCUACUGCACUCCUUCUAUCUUCUCUGAUGAUGCUGAGACACAUGAACUUGAAUGAACACGCUGCCAAGAUUGAAGAUGCCGCUCUUACUACGAUCGCCGAAGGUAAAACUAUUACGGGGGAUUUGGGUGGAAAGGCCUCGACCAAGGAAUACACGAGUGCGAUCAUCAGCAAGCUCUGAGAUUUAUAGACAGAUUAGACCGUAUAUACCAGAUAAUUGGAAUCUUCGGUCCCGACUUGGCUUGCGUGGGAAAUAGUAGCCUGCGGAUGUGAUAGGAAAAUGAACUCAGUCAAAUGUUGACUUACGACGACCAGCUUUAAGAUCCCUUCCACGCCUACACACGGCAUUCACUCUUCAUAAUCCCU